AUGAGUUUCGGUCUGAAAGCUGUGUCUUUGACAGCUCUGGCGGCCGGUGCUGUGUUCGGAACGCCUAUAGACUCCCCCAAGCUCCAGGCCCGGAGACUAUUAGGUUCCUCGUUCGGUGUUGCGGGAGACGACGCAACAUUCGACUAUGUCAUCGUGGGCGGCGGGACUGCAGGUCUGACUCUGGCUACCAGACUGGUAGAGCAACAAGCCGGUAGCGUCGCUGUAGUCGAAGCCGGUACCUUUUACGAGAUUGGUAAUGGGAAUCUCAGCCAAGUGCCCGGCAAUGACGGGGCGUUUACGGGAAAGGGCGUGACCGACUGGCAACCCUUGAUCGACUGGGGCUAUCUGACGACGCCACAAGCUGGAGCAUAUAAUGCCACACUCCACUACACGCAAGGCAAGACGCUCGGCGGAUCUUCAGCUCGCAACUUCAUGGUUUAUCAACGAGGAACUGAGGGAUCGUAUCAGAUGUGGGCAGAUCAGGUUGGCGACGACAGCUAUGAGUGGGCGAAUUUCCUUCCCUGGUUCGAGAAGAGCGUCAACUUCAGUGAACCCAACAUGGAGAAGAGGCCUGCAAAUUCGACACCAGUAUACGACGCCGCUGUCCUCGGCAACCGAGGGCCGCUCUCUGUUUCAUACACCAACUAUCCUCAAGUACUUGCGACCUGGGCUGUGAAGGGGUUAGAGAAAAUCGGACUCUCGAUCAUAGACGGGCUCAACAGCGGCAAACUGAUAGGACAGUCGUAUGGCACCUUCACCAUCGAUGGCGACACUAUGAUCAGAAGCUCUUCAGAGACAGCUUUCCUUCGACAAGGACUCGACAAUCCUGAUUUGACGGUAUACCAGCUGGCUCUCGCCAAGAAGAUUCUCUUCGAUGAUGACAAGAAGGCCACCGGUGUGGUCGUCGAUACCGAGGGGCUUGAAUACACGUUGUCCGCGAGGAAGGAGGUUAUCGUGUCAGCGGGGACCUUUGGAUCGCCGCAACUGCUUCUCGUCUCCGGAGUAGGCCCUGCAGAAACAUUGACACAGUACGAUAUCCCGGUCAUCGCCGAUAGGCCUGGUGUAGGGCAAGGCAUGCAGGACCACAUCUACUUCGGGAUAUCGUACCGAGUCAUCGCGCCGACCUUCUCUUCCCUGUUGAUUCCAUCGUACGUCGCUGAGCAGGCCGAGCUGUUCAAUACCAACGCCACUGGAAUAUUUACGAAUCCAACAGCGGACGUGCUGGCCUGGGAGAAGAUCCCCGAGCCCCUCCGCAGUGGAAUGUCGAGUUCUACCCUGGCGGCUCUGGCAGAGUACCCUGACGACUGGCCUGAGGCCGAAUACAUAUCGCUAGGGUCCUACUUGGGCACCGACGUGGACUCACGACGCGGCGACCCCGGUGACGGAUACAACUACGGCACUUUAGUCGUUGCAGUCGUAGCUCCACGAUCCCGAGGCUUCGUCUCCAUCUCCUCGGCAGACACGUCCGUCCACCCGAUCAUCAACCCGAACCACUUCACCGACCAGACGGACGUCGACGUCGGCGUUGCGGCCUUCAAGCGUGCUCGCGAGUUCUGGGCCACCGACGUGAUGCAGGAGUUCGUCAUAGGCGGAGAGUCGUAUCCCGGGGCCAACUUCACGACAGAUGCUCAGAUAGAGGAUGUGAUCCGGAGGAGCUACAAUGCCAUCUACCAUGCCUCCUGCACAAAUGCGAUGGGCAAGGAGGACAACCCGAUGGCUGUAGUAGACACCCAGGGCAGGGUGUACGGUGUGGAGAGCUUGAGAGUUGUGGACGCUUCUGCUCUGCCGCUGUUGCCUCCUGGACAUCCGCAGUCGACUAUAUAUGCGAUGACUGAGAAGAUCGCAUGUGAUAUGUCGGGUAAUUGUUGA